CUCGAAUCAUAUUUCAACUACAAUUACUUGUUGAUUUUUAUGCAUUUGGAUUUUUGGAAGGUUCUCGUUUUUAUUCGAUGUUGGCUUUUGUUUUUUUUCCCUUCCCAAUUUGAAGACUGCUGGGUUGAACUCGUUGAUAGUUUACUUUUCUGUCUUUUCGUUUUGGGCUUUUUCUAGGACUGCUGCUAUUGUGUUAUGUUUGUUAAUGAUUUCUGGGUGAUUGCCUUUGAAUCUAGAUGUACAUUGAAGAUUUCUGCGUAUAAUUUCUCUCUGUCUUUCGAACUGUUCUUUUCCCUGUCUUGCAUCAUUCAGAACUAAGUUUCAAUCUCAUUCCUGUGAUUGUUUGGUGGAAUAUCUAAGGUUUUGAUUGAGUAACGGGUUUAUCCUGGUGGAAUAUCUUUUAUCUUUAUGGGAGCCUUUUUCAGUUUUCCUUUUUGUCCUUUUGUGCGUGAAAGAAAGUUAUAAAGCAAAGGAUUAGUGCCCGGGGUUGCAUGAGUCUUGUGAAUGCUUGCCAGUUAUUCUUAUCUCAUUGCUUUUCCAUCUGUUAUGUCUGUUUGUGGCAUUGGGUUUUGGUCCUUUUGGAUCUGUAGGAAUGUCAUCUUUCUAGAGAAUAUCUCAUCUUUUUUGGCUUACUGUUUUGGAAAGAUUUGAGCCUACGCUCCAUAAAUUUGGUUAGAUUGUGUUCAUUUAAUUUCCAAUUUCUGCGUCAAUUCUGAUUUCGGGUGGAAUCAAAUAUUCAGCGAUCCUGUUUUUCUUUUUUCCUCUCCUCUGGGAUGGAGGCUCGAGUUUCAGAGCCUGCUCAUGUCAUUGAGGUUCUUGAUGAUAGGGCUCUUGCUCAGAAAGGCGUUGGUGGAAGUAAAGUUUGUGAAGGGGCUCCUUGUGGAUUUUCUGAUGCAAAGGAAAGUUCAGAGCGUUCAGUGUCGAUGAAGAAGCUUUGGAUUGCAAUUGUUUUAUGCAUUGUUUUCAUGACUGUUGAGGUUAUUGGUGGUAUUAAAGCCAAUAGUCUUGCGAUUAUGACUGACGCUGCUCAUCUACUAUCAGAUGUUGCUGCUUUUGCAAUAUCAUUGUUUUCUCUUUGGGCAUCAGGUUGGGAAGCCAACCCCCGCCAAUCAUAUGGAUUUUUCAGGAUAGAAAUACUAGGUGCCUUGGUGUCUAUCCAAAUGAUUUGGCUUCUUGCCGGGAUCCUCGUAUAUGAAGCCAUUGCAAGACUUAUACAUGGUACAGGGGAAGUUCAGGGAUUCCUCAUGUUCUUGGUGUCUGCUUUUGGCUUAGUUGUGAACAUCAUCAUGGCUCUUGUGCUAGGACAUGAUCAUGGUCAUAGCCAUGGGCAUGGGCAUGGGCAUGGGCAUGGGCAUGGCCACGGGCAUGGGCAUGGCCACAGUCAUGACUAUGACCAUAGCCAUGACCACCGUCAUGAGGAUCAUCAUAAUCAUACGCAUGGAGUAAGUAUCACUAGUCAUCACCAUCAUCAUGAAGGAAAUGCUGCACAUGAUGAGCAUCAUAAUCACCAACAUGAAUCAGGUUGUAGUGAACCUCUCCUUGAAAAGAGUUGCUCUGUUAGUGAACAGGAACAACAAUCAUCCCAUGGAGAAGGACCUGCUAAGAAAAAGAAGCAAUUUAACAUAAAUGUUCAAGGUGCUUACCUUCAUGUCCUUGGUGAUUCCAUCCAGAGCAUUGGUGUGAUGAUAGGUGGAGCUAUUAUUUGGUACAAGCCUGAGUGGAAAUUUGUUGACUUGAUAUGCACCCUUGUUUUCUCAAUUAUCGUCUUGGGCACAACCAUUAACAUGCUGAGGAACAUUCUUGAGGUGCGUGGAUUUGAGAAUGAUUCUGGGUCAUUUAUCCGAAUUCUUGAUUGA